AUGAAGUGGGUUGGACCGGGCGCUAAACAACAAAUCAUAACCACCCUCACCUCCACUGGACCGAGAACAACCACGAGCACCUCUCUGCUACCCCCCCAAUACCUGAGGUGCUUCGGCGACACCGGGACCCACGAAGCAGAGGAGCCCCGGGCCACUACAGACACAGUUAGCUGCAUGAUAAAUAGUCCCGUCGACUCCCCACACCCCAGCACCGCCGACGCGACGCGCACCGCGAGGACCCCCGGGCUCGCCGGAGGGAAGGUCGGCCGCCGUAACCAGGGCGUCCCGGCACCUGAACCGGGGGCCGCCGCACAGAGGAGACCGCCUAAUGUCACCGGCCCCCAGGAGGAAGCCCAGCUCGAAGGAGCCCUGGGUCCACCCCGCCCCUCCAUCACCACCUGGGAGGCCGGCUGGAACGUCACCAACGCUAUACAGGGUAUGUUUGUUUUGGGCCUCCCCUACGCCCUGGUCCGGUCCGGCUACCUGGGUCUCCUGCUGUUAGUGCUGGCCGCCUGGAUCUGUAACCACACCGGGACCAUCCUGGUGGCCUGCCUGUACGAAGAGGAACAUCACGGCUGUGGCUUGGCUCCCAGACUGGUUCGGGUCCGCCACAGCUACCAGGACAUAGCAGAGGCCUGCUGCAAGGGACUCCGGCCCAACUGGGCUGCACUGGCUGGCUGGAUGGUUAGCAUAGCUCAGGUGGUAGAGCUGCUGAUGACGUGCACGCUGUACCUGGUGGUCUCCGCCUCUCUCCUGUCAGACAGCCUGUGGUGGACGGCUGUCCCCAGAUCAGCGUGCUCCCUGGCCUCCGUCCUGCUCCUGCUGCCCUGUCUGGUGCUGACAGACCUCCGACCAGUGUCCACCCUCAGCAUGCUGUGCUCCCUGGCUCACGGCCUGAUCAGCCUGCUGGUGAUCCUCUACUGUCUGAGUGCAUCCCGUGGCUGGUCCCUGUCCGCUCUGUCUCUGGCCGUGGAGCCCGGGGACUUCUUGGUCUCUGUGGGCGUCAUCAUCUUCUCCUACACCUCUCAGAUCUUCCUCCCUACCCUAGAGGGCAGUAUGGAGCACAGAGGGCAGUUCCCUACAAUGCUGGGGCACACCCACGCAGCCGCUUGCGUCCUGAAAACAGCCUUCUCCUUGCUGGCUGUAUUGACAUGGGGCAGAGAUACCAGUGAGGUCAUCACUGACAACCUACCAGCCAACCUUCGCCCUUUCGUCAACCUGGGUCUGGUCGCCAAAGCACUGCUCUCCUACCCACUGCCAUUUUACUCAGCCGCACAGAUCCUACAAACCUGUUUUCUAAGGGGCACUGCGGCGUCAGCCUCCCCCCAGGCCCGCCGUGGCCCGCCGGCCGGGUCCCGUCUGGGGCUGCUGGUCCGCGGGGGCCUGCUGGGGACGUCCUACCUGCUGGCCCUGCUGGUGCCCAGGUUCUCCCUGCUGAUGGGUCUGACGGGCAGCGUGACCGGGGCGGCCAUGACCCUGACCCUGCCCUGCCUCUUCCACCUCAGGCUGCGCUGGUGUCGCCUGGGGGCCCGGGAGAGGCUCACAGAUGGGGCCAUACUGAGUCUGGGGCUGCUCUGUAGCACAUCUGGACUGAUCUGCUCACUCAAGAGGCUGGUGGAGGGACUGUAG